UCUAACCUGCUUCUACUAGAUAAUUUUCACACUCUGUUCUCUAGGAAACGAAAGCCAGCGGCGUAGUUUUCAUAAAUACACGCUCCCGGUACGCAGGUCUCUCCCGCCGUGUCCUCGGUGCACGUGGAGAACGCGCCCCUGCUUCUUCAUGUAGCAUCACUUGAGAGCUGCUGUCCCGUAAGGGCAUGACCCCCUCUCAAGCAGAAGUGUAGCCAGAGGUUCUUGCUGGUUCCCUCGUUAUAUCUCUUCUGUGAAGAAACCUUCAGGCAUUCCAGACGAAACAGUUAUGAGCCAUGGCAAUGACAGGCCCAACACCCUGCUCAUCCAUGAGUAAUCACACCAAGGAGCGAGUUACAAUGACAAAGGUGACAUUAGAAAACUUCUAUAGCAAUCUAAUCGCACAGCAUGAAGAACGAGAGAUGAGACAAAAGAAGCUAGAACAAAUGAUGGAAGAAGAAGGCUUAAAAGAUGAAGAGAAGAGAAUCAGGAGGUCCGCGCAUGCACAAAAGGAAACAGAGUUUCUUCGCCUAAAGAGAACAAGGCUAGGUUUGGAAGACUUUGAGUCCUUAAAAGUAAUAGGCAGAGGAGCAUUUGGAGAGGUGCGACUUGUCCAGAAGAAAGAUACAGGACAUGUUUAUGCAAUGAAAAUAUUACGCAAAGCUGAUAUGCUUGAAAAAGAGCAGGUUGGCCAUAUUCGUGCAGAGCGGGACAUUCUAGUAGAAGCAGACAGUUUGUGGGUUGUGAAAAUGUUCUAUAGUUUCCAGGAUAAGCUAAACCUCUACCUUAUCAUGGAGUUCCUGCCUGGAGGUGAUAUGAUGACACUGCUGAUGAAAAAAGAUACCUUAACAGAAGAAGAGACACAGUUCUAUAUAGCCGAGACUGUGCUAGCCAUUGAUUCUAUUCAUCAGCUGGGUUUUAUCCAUCGGGAUAUCAAACCAGACAACCUUCUGUUGGAUAGCAAGGGCCACGUGAAACUAUCAGAUUUUGGACUGUGCACUGGACUAAAGAAAGCUCACCGAACAGAGUUUUAUAGAAACCUGAACCACAGUCUUCCUAGUGACUUCACUUUCCAGAACAUGAAUUCCAAGAGGAAAGCAGAAACUUGGAAGAGAAAUAGACGUCAGUUGGCUUUUUCUACUGUGGGAACUCCAGAUUACAUUGCUCCUGAAGUUUUCAUGCAGACUGGAUACAACAAGCUCUGUGACUGGUGGUCGCUUGGGGUCAUCAUGUAUGAGAUGUUAAUUGGUUAUCCGCCUUUCUGUUCUGAGACUCCUCAAGAAACAUAUAAGAAAGUAAUGAAUUGGAAAGAGACUCUCACGUUUCCUCCAGAAGUUCCGAUAUCUGAUAAAGCAAAGGAUCUUAUUUUAAGAUUUUGCUGUGAAUGGGAGCACAGAAUUGGUGCAUCUGGUGUGGAGGAAAUAAAGAGUAACCUGUUCUUUGAAGGGGUUGAUUGGGAGCAUAUCAGAGAAAGACCUGCUGCAAUUUCAAUAGAAAUUAAAAGCAUUGAUGACACCUCAAACUUUGAUGAAUUCCCAGAAUCUGAUAUCCUUAAACCAACAGUUGCCACGAGCAACCACCCAGAGACUGACUAUAAGAACAAAGACUGGGUUUUUAUCAAUUACACCUACAAGCGUUUUGAGGGUCUGACAGCCCGAGGAGCAAUACCAUCCUAUAUGAAAGCAGGAAAAUAAUAAGUUUUUACCUGGGACGACUUCUGAGCCUUGGAAUUUUGUUUCUCUACUUUGGGUUUCUACCCAUAAAAGAACUUUUUCUUUUUUAAAGAAAACGUGAGGGCUAUGGACUCCUGGAGAAGAUUUCAGGAGCUGGUUUUGUUACAUACCCUGGUUAUUACCAAGGAUUUGUUCUUUCUGCGCCAUUGAAAAAACUUCCACAAAAUGUUUCUGUCAUCUGUGCUGCAAGCACAUUUUGCUGCUUCAGGAGCAAGAGUUUUUCUUUUUAAAUUCUUUGCCAGAUUGUACAGUCCAUCAGGAGAUGAGAGCAAGCCUUUACUUUGAUGUUGCAAAGCGCGUGAUAUUUGUAUGGACUGUUUUGCAAGUCCUGCAUUAAGUGACAUACUCAGUUCUGCCAAUUCUGCCAGCACUAUUUUCCCAGUGACAAAGGACUUUAGUAUAGAGAAAAUGAAGCAAUAAUUAAAAGCUUGGGGUAGACAACUCUCCAGUAAUCUAUCUAGCAGAAGGACACAACUUGUAUUGCCUUAACUUUAGUUUGUAGUGCUGUUUUUUGUAAUGCUACUUGGAAGCCUCUUUUAAUAGCAUUUCUUGAAUCUUAUCGCAAUGGCCUCAAGUUGCGGUGCACUUUACUUUUGGUACUAAGACAGCAACCCUCAAGCCAUUUAAUAUUUUUCUAAAUUAAAAAUUUGUGUAACUUUUUUUUUUCUAAGCAGUGAUAAGAGAAACAGGCCUCUUUCGCCAUGAAGCGCAACAGGUUUUGGUUACUGCAUGGAAGGACGCGUAUACAAACAAUGCAGAUGAUAAAAACUGCAGCUGGUAACACAAAGGGCUCUGGAAUUAGGGCAGAGAGAGAGAGAGGGAAAGUCAUUUAACCUGAUCAUUGGUGGGCAUAUUGUGUACAGUUGGGUCAGCCAUGAGGCUUCCUGUUCCUGCUGCUGCCAUCUUUUGGCCACUUCUAGUACCUGCUGUGUUUUCAUCACUUUCAAAGAUGAAACCAACUUCUGUGGCCUUUUUGUUCUCAGUUUCCACCAGAGCAGUAACAGUUUUCCUUAAAAGCCUUGGUGACGGUGGCAUCUCUGGCUUCUCCUUCCUGAGUCCC